GAGCCCACUUCUUCCUCUCCGCAAAUUCUCAUUAAAUCUACGUCGUCUCUAAAUUACUGCGUUGCUAUUGCCCCUGAUUAUUGUCUCAAGCUGCUCUCUCACCAUUGCUUCCUAUCCAUUGUCAUCUAUCUAUCCACUUAUGUAGCAGCAAAUAUUUACAUGGGCCUUGAAACUACGCGUUGUGUGAAUCCUCUGCUCACCUCUACUACAUAACUGCACAUACUUGUACAUGCACCUACACGUGUAGUAAAAGUCCGAGUUUCGGUAAAUUUUUAAUCCAAUUUCCAUUCUCUGGAUCGAGAUAUGGGGUUGUUCUCGACAAAUAAAGCUUAUUGCCUGGCUGUCGGCCUAUGGCAUACUGCUUUUUACCUCGUACAUACUUAUUACCGGAGUCAAGGUUGACCCACCAGCAUCAUCACUCUGUCAUUGCUCCUCGCUUUUUCAGGGGCUGAAUAUUUGAGUGAGAUCCACUGCAAAGAAGGGUCGGAAUUUGACAUCAGCACCUCAACCAGUGAGAAUCAUGGAGUGGGUUCUGGGCACUAGGAGAAGGGGUCUCCACUUGGUGGGAGGACUUCGACGUGGGACGGAUGGGAAUAUGGUCUCGGCCUACCAACGCUCCUUCUUUUCAAAAUUCACCUUCCUCGCCUUCAACAUUCUCAUGACAAAGUGUUCCGCACUCUUGAUACCCGUCACCUCCACCGAAAUUUCGUCCUCUCAGUUAUGUCCGAAUCCCGUGGAUUGGCAGGAACCGUUCACAUCCCUUUUCCCAUAUCGUUUCUUUCCCAGCAACGUGGUCGUGAUGGAUCUGGUUCGUGGUGGACAGAACGCGUCGGCCGUGAUGCCCUGCAAAUUCCGCAUUGGGGGUCCCGAGACUGGGGUGAAAGCCGGACAUGCUGUGCUCCUCAGCCUGCAACAGAGACCUCGUCCACUCUCCUUUGCACAAAAAUGUUCACGGGUGUUGGAGUUUCCUGGUCGGUGGGGAGAUGAGCAAGGACCGUCACAAACUUGCGUCACUGCCGAAGAGCCAGACCGUUCAGACGAGCUCAACGUGAACCUGCGCACGGUCGGACAGGUGAAGUGGGGUUCUGGAGGACGACUGACCUUUGACCUCCCAUUCCAGUCCACGACAGCUCCCUUCUUAAUCGCCCUCUUCAGGGUCAACACUCCUGGUGCGUGCGAGCUUCAAAUUCAGCAGUACUACUCGUCACGAGGGAACGACAGUUGGAGCUGCGCGAAGGACCUUAAGAGGAAAUUGUAUAACAACGUGUGCGGGCGGAUUCCUUGUUCGAAGCAGAACGCGAUUCUCCAGGAACUCAAGGGCUACAUCGUCCCUGCGAGUGAGCUUCUGCUCGUGGAGGCUGUGGACGAGAUGGAAAUCCCACAAAGUGCGAGGAUACGGACGAUCGGCUACUUUCUCAAAGGGCUCCUCCUCCCCCUCAUCAUUUCCCUCUCCGCCACGCUCGCCUACAUCAUUUGGAGAAAACGGGCGAAGGCGUCAUUUGCCAACGGUCUUGACGGCUCGGUUUCUCUGGGCACUCAGACGGGCGUUACGUCACCUCAUGCGGGACGGGAAGAAGAAGGCGUGCUCAUCCAAUUUGACGAAGACGUAGAGCGGGAGGCAAAGGACAAGCCCCCAACGUACGAGUCUCUCCUGGAACCUCCCAGCUACGAUCAGGCCAUGUCCCCCUCUCACCACCCUCAACUCACCGCCACCGCCACCUAUGUCGUGACGGGUGGUGGUGGUGAUCAGGAUGACCUCGAGUGUUCCCUUCUCCUCAAAACACUUGUCCCAUCCGCAGAGGAGGAUGACGCCCAGGAGGACAAGACGAUGGCGCUUACUCCGACCAGGAGCCAUCGCCCAAGUCCGGGGCCGAGUAACAGCAGCAGUCUGUUCGUCAGGGUUGAGCUGGACUCGCCCGAGGAGGAGACGCUUCUGCCACCUCCGCCCUUCGUCUAGUCCACACAAAAUGGAGUGGUGGCGAUGGUGAAAGCAGAGCUAAUUAGCAGAUCAAAAGCUCUCUCUCUCCUCGCACACACUGUCACACACACACAAUUCAAGUAAUCAGUCAACCAGUCUAUAUAUGUAUAUUGAAGUUUCUUUGUUCCCGUUCCCUUGAAUGCCCGUCCCCUCCUCCUCCUGGAUACCUACUAGCAGCCCAAUAUAUUACACAUAUGUGUGCAUCUAUGGAACAGAUUACGUGAUUGGACGAAUAAGACAGAAAAAAGUAUUAGGUCCACUCCUCCUUAUUAAGUACAGUUCAUUACGCAAUGAACCAAGGUCAGUACCUGGAUUUUAGGUGGGUAGCGAAGCGAUUAAACAAUUAUAAGACGACGCUAACUACGUAUUUAUAAUUGUCCUCGAAAAAAAUAUUAUGUUCUACCUGCGAGUCGGGUAUAACUGCCUGUGAUGCAUCAAAAGCCUAACUAGCAAUUGUAUAAAAUAAUAAUGACAUGUAAUUUAUGAUGAUGUACUCAUUUUCGAAUACCAAGUAACUUAUGAUUCUUGAAACAAUCAUCUAUGCAACAAUAACUAAUGAUACCAUAGGAAAUACGUGACGUCUGUGAGGAGGUGCGGAGAGAUGAUAAUCAGAAGCUGUGUCAUAAAUAUGUAUCGUGUGUGAUUAAUAAAAGUGUAUGCAUACGUACGUACCAGUGAAUAAUACAAAGGCAGAAA